AAUACUACUAGAGACGGGUUUGGAAAUUAUGCAAGUUGGCCACGAAAAUCCACGAUACUUUGAAUAACAGUUUUUAUCACAUUCAGGAUUGUCAAAACAUUAAAAUGAUCAAUGUUGCUCGAUAAUAUUUAUAUUUGAACCCACGAGAUUACGGACCUUUGCAGCGGGAAAUCUUAGAUCAUCUGUUCCAAUAAAACAUAUUUUAGAGAUGUUGGGAACAGAUCUACGCCAGUCUUAAAGUUAGAAACGCAACGAACCUCUGCUGACUUGAUAUACAAUUUCAAACUUCGUUGUAUGAAGACGAUUCGGUUUGCCCAAUAAACUUUAAAUGCUACCGAACAAAUUUAAUUUCUUUGGUAAACUAGCCGCAUUUAAUGCAACUUAUAAGUACUUACUAUAAAGUACUGAAACAACUUGCUUUGCUUUCUUUUGCGUUUUCCUUAACGUUCUUGUACAAUAAAAAGAUUAACUCCACUUAGUCAACUCGAGCCAAUAAAAAGGCGAGCUCAAUCAAACAUUAAUGAACUUCGAUGGCGUGAAUAAAGAAAGAUCUAGGUGGCUGUCAAUACAACGCCAAUAAGCAAAGUUAUAUGACUCAUCAAUAAUUCCGGUCAGCUGUUUUUAACGGCUAACAUUCCGAUAAUGACGACAGCUGACAGUGAAGUUGACAGCAACUGCCAUCUAUCGGCGAUGACGGGAACUAGAUAGUUUUAUUGGCCUUUGAUUUAGAUACAGCUGGCUUCCGUUGGCGCGUUCACGGAUCAGUCGGCGCGCGUUUUGUGGUUGAAUCAGUGCGCGCACGUCGUUGGAUAAUAUAUAUACAUGAUCCUCUUGCCUAAUGGGACUGUGUAGAGGUGAACCACCAUGGGCGAUGCGCACUCUAGGGGCGAAUACUCAGCUAAAGAGACACAAAGACGAAUACGUGCGAACGACCGACCAUUCAACGCCCAGUUUAAAUAUGCGAACAACGUCAUUAAGACAUCCAAGUAUUCAAUUGUCACGUUUCUACCGUUCAACCUGUUCGAGCAGUUCCAGCGCCUCGCGAACUUCUACUUCCUGUGCCUCGUCGUGCUACAGAUGAUCUCAGUUAUUUCCUCACUGACACCGAUCACCACGGCUGUGCCGCUCAUCGGGGUCCUCUCGCUCACCGCUGUCAAGGAUGCUUAUGAUGAUCUGCAACGACACCGGAGCGACUCGCAGGUGAACAAUCGGAUGGCAAAGGUGGUCCGUGCAGGCGGCAAGCGGCUCGAGGAGGAGAAGUGGUCAUGUGUCUGUGUGGGCGACAUAAUUCGUAUGGAUAACAAUCAGUUUGUGGCCGCUGACAUACUGCUUCUGUCCACCAGUGAGCCCAACGGUCUCUGCUUCAUUGAAACCAUGGAACUGGAUGGGGAAUCGAACCUGAAAUGUCGCCAGUGCCUGAUGGAAACAGCAGGCCUGGGUCAGGACGAUGUGAAACUCGGCGAGUUUGAUGGUGAGAUCAUCUGCGAGCCCCCCAACAACAAGCUGAACAAGUUCCAGGGAACUCUCAUCUGGCAGGGCACUAAGUACCCUCUGGACAAUGACCGAGUGCUCUUGCGUGGUUGUGUAUUGCGCAAUACCGAGUGGUGCUACGGUGUUGUACUGUUUGCUGGCCGAGACUCUAAACUCAUGCAGAACUCUGGCAAGACCAAGUUCAAACGGACAACCAUCGACAAGCUGCUCAACUGCAUAAUCAUUUCGAUAGUUAUGGUGCUGAUAUCAAUGUGUGCGGUUUGUUCUCUCGCCUGCCUGUUCUGGGAAACCAAGACUGGCAAGAAGUUUCAAAUUUACCUGCCGUGGACUAGUGAGGUGCCCUCUAACCAUGUGCCUGGUGCUGUGAUCAUAUCUCUCCUGGUGUUCUUCUCUUACGCCAUAGUCCUGAACACGCUUGUGCCUAUCUCACUGUAUGUCAGUGUGGAAAUAAUCCGUUUCGUCCAGAGUUUCUUCAUCAACUGGGACAUGGCAAUGUACAGUGCAUCACGCAGGAUGGCUGCUCGUGCCCACACGACUACACUCAACGAGGACCUAGGCCAGGUCCAAUACAUCUUUUCUGACAAGACCGGCACCCUUACACAGAAUAUCAUGACAUUCAACAAGUGUUCAAUAGCAGGGAAAAGCUACGGAGAGCUUGUCGACAAGGUGACGGGAGAAGUGAUCCCAGAUCCUGCGAAGAUGGCGCAGAGGGUGGACUUCUCGUUCAACCCAGAAUAUGAGCCGGAGUUCCAGUUCUUCGAUGCCUCACUGCUGGCUGACGUAAGAGCUAAGAAACCAGAGGUCUACACUUUCUUUACUCUUCUUGCUGUAUGUCACACCGUCAUGCCGGGCAGUCGUGAUGGCAAGCUUCAGUAUAAGGCUCAAUCUCCGGACGAAGCUGCACUUGUGUCAGCAGCUCGCAAUUUUGGAUUUGUUUUCAAGAACCGAACUCCUAAUUCAAUCACUGUAGAGGUGAUGGGCGUAGAGAAAGUCUAUGAAGUAUUGUGUAUCCUGGACUUCAACAAUGUCCGGAAGCGGAUGUCAGUAAUCCUGCGGCAGGGCCAGUCACUGCGGCUCUACUGUAAAGGUGCAGACAGCGUCGUCUACCAGAGAUUGAAGGGAGGAGAUGAGGCUCUUAAAGCGAAGACUUUGGAGCAUUUAAACAAAUUUGCUGGAGAAGGUCUCCGCACACUGUGUUUGGCGGUGAAGGACCUGAAUGAAAAAGAAUUUGAGACAUGGAGGGUGAAACAUCAUGAGGCAUCUGUCUCCAUGGACGACAGAGAAGAGAGACUGCACCAGAUCUACGAAGAGAUUGAGAGGAAUAUGACCCUUAUAGGUGUGACUGCUAUCGAGGAUAAGCUCCAGGAAGGGGUACAACAGACCAUAGCCAACCUGGCACUGGCACAGAUCAAGAUCUGGGUCCUCACGGGUGACAAGCAAGAAACUGCUGUCAAUGUCGGCUACUCCUGCCAGCUGUUGGAUGAUGACAUGGAGCUGAUGGUGGUUGAUGGAGACUCCACUGUGGAGGUCGUCAAACAACUGGACAAGUACUUGCAGACUAUCCGGAUUGGCAUGCAGUACGGCCAAACCAACAACAGUGUGGUUACUUUCAGUGAUGUGACGAGCAGUGAGUAUGAGCGAGAUCGCACAGUAUCACAAGAGGAGACGGAUGGCAUAGUGUACGCACUUGUGAUCAGCGGUCAGGCGCUGGUUCAUGCGUUGAGCCACGAAGUGGAGGAGACCUUCGUCACAGUCAGCACGCAUUGCAAGGCAGUAAUAUGCUGCCGGAUGACUCCUCUCCAGAAGGCAAUGGUGGUGGAGUUGAUCAAGAAACACAAGAAGGUUGUGACUUUGGCGAUUGGGGACGGAGCUAACGACGUCUCCAUGAUUAAAGUUGCCAACAUCGGUGUCGGCAUCAGUGGAGAGGAAGGCAACCAAGCCAUGUUGGCCUCUGACUAUUCCAUUGCUCAAUUUCGGUUCCUGGAGAGGCUGUUGCUGGUACAUGGCAGGUGGUCCUACUAUCGCAUGUGCAAGUUUCUGCGCUACUUCUUCUACAAAAACUUUGCUUUCACACUGUGCCACUUCUGGUUUGCCUUCUUCUGUGGAUACAGUGCUCAGACUGUGUUCGACCCGAUGUUCAUCUCCGUGUACAACCUGUUCUACACAGCAGCGCCUGUCCUGGCUCUCGGGGUUUUUGACCAGGACGUGGACGACAAGCACAGCCUUCAGUAUCCCCAACUGUACACUCCUGGACACAUGAACCUGUUCUUCAACAAGCGAGAGUUCCUGCUCAGUGCUGUCUACGGCUUUUAUACAUCAGCUGUGCUGUUUCUUCUGCCUUACGGAAUCUACCAUGAGGCAAUCUCAUCCAAAGGCUAUGUAGUUUCUGAUUACAUACUACUCAGUAAUGUUGUAGCCACCAUUCUCAUCAUCGUUGUUACUGUUCAGGUGAUGUUAGACACUUCGUACUGGACUGUAUUCAACCACAUAACCAUCUGGGGAAGCCUGGCCUGGUACUUCGGUCUGCACUGUCUGUACAGUGUCAUCUUACCUGGUACACUUCUGGGCAGUCUGCUCUACGCAAUGCAGGAACCUGUCUUCUGGCUGACAACAUUGCUGACAUCUACUAUACUGAUGGUGCCUGGUGUUGCCUGGAGGUUCUACUUUACUGAUGUGUACCCCACACUGGCAGACAGGGUGAGGCUGAAGCAGCGGGUUACCAAACGCAGGUCCCGUGUGUCAGAGACAAUGACCGUGACUCAGUCUGCGCGGCGCCACCGUCGCUCGAUUCGGUCAGGCUAUGCGUUUGCGCAUGAAGAGGGCUUCGGGAGACUCAUUACAUCAGGAAAACUAAUGAAACGGGUGCCACCACGCACCAACCUCAGCUGUCUGCGACCUGGCACACGACUUGAUAGUAGCGACCUUUGACACGGGCAGGAGGGGGUUGAAGGUCUCCCUCCCGUAUGUCCUGUUUAUCUGCCGUAACUUUCUGUCCAGUAUUACCAGCUCUUGCUCUCUCAUGGUAUGCUUCACUGGUUGAAGUCUGUACCACGGAUGGAUAUUGUAAUGCAAGUUGUACCAAGAGCUCUGAAUACUUUGAUCAGCCAAAGACUGUACUGAUCUAUGGUAUAUUAGUUUUAGUCAUUUAUUUAUAUAUUUGUAUAGUAUUUAUUUUUACAAUGAAGUGUAUUCAGUGGUUCUGAGUAGGUUAUUGAUUUAUUAAGAAACAGUUUGGUGUUAUAUCUCAGGACAUAGUGACCAUCUUUGGUCUUCUAUUAAAUACCAAAGAAACAUU